CGGGCGGAGGCGCGCGGGCCGGGCCGGGCGCGCGCGCGUGCACGCAGCCCCGGAGCGCUCGGCCGCGGGCUCGGCGCCGCAUCGGCCGGUGCAGCGCAGCGCGGCGCGGUGCCUCCGGGCCGGCGAGCUCCAGCAGCCAUUGAGGACAAAGAGGUGUGAGCCCCCCCGGGCCAGCUGGUGCCACCAUGGCGGAGAAAGUGAACAACUUCCCCCCGCUGCCCAAGUUCAUCCCUCUGAAGCCGUGUUUUUACCAAGACUUCGAGGCCGACAUCCCUCCACAGCACCUCAGCAUGACCAAGCGUCUGUACUACCUCUGGAUGCUGAACAGCGUCACGCUGGCUGUGAACCUGGUGGGCUGCCUCGCGUGGCUGAUCGGAGGCGGGGGAGCCACCAACUUUGGCCUCGCCUUUCUCUGGCUCAUCCUCUUCACACCCUGCUCCUACGUCUGCUGGUUUCGGCCCAUUUACAAGGCCUUCAAGACCGACAGCUCCUUCAGUUUCAUGGCGUUCUUCUUCACAUUCAUGGCUCAGAUGGUCAUCAGCAUCAUCCAGGCUGUGGGCAUCCCAGGCUGGGGGGUCUGCGGCUGGAUCGCCACCAUCUCCUUCUUCGGCACGAACGUCGGCUCGGCCGUGGUGAUGCUCAUCCCCACCGUCAUGUUCACGGUCGUGGCCGUCUUCUCCUUCAUUGCCCUCAGCAUGGUCCACAAGUUCUACCGGGGCAGUGGGGGCAGUUUCAGCAAAGCGCAGGAGGAGUGGACCACGGGGGCGUGGAAGAACCCGCACGUGCAGCAGGCGGCCCAGAACGCGGCCAUGGGCGCGGCCCAGGGGGCCAUGAGCCAGCCGCAGACGCAGUACUCUGCCACCCCCAACUACACUUACUCCAACGAGAUGUGAGCUGGCCGCGCCCGCCAGGAGGCCGGGCCGGGCACCGAGGGCCGGUGGGGGGCUCCGGCCACAUCCUCUCUUGUGACCAAGCAGGGUUCCCCUUUCCUUCCUCUCCUCCCCCCACUUUGUACAAAGAAUCAGAGUUCUAUAUAUAUAUGUACAUAUAUACGUAUACGUCUCUCCCCGUGGCCCGCCCCCUGGGGUCUGCUCUCUGCACCCCGGGAGCGGUGAGCUUCUCGGGAGCAGGCCAGGGCGGGAGUAGCUGUGUGUGUGUGUCCUCUUGUGAACUUGCGUGCCGUGACGGUCUCUGCUGUGGUGCUAGAUGUACGUUUAGAACUAAGCCAGCCCUUCCCCCUCCUCCGGGCUGCCAGCGUGGGGCUCGGCCGGCCCAGGGGCCCCUCGUGGGGCCGGGACCGGAGUACAGAGCCUGGCCCCCUCGUCCGAGCUACAAAUCCUUCCUGGAGGGGUCUUCCCGGGAAGAGACGGUGUGGUGGGAAGGGGGGUACGGGGGCUAGGCAUGGGAUGGCGUCUUGUCCGGCUGAGCUGGGUCUCCUGCCCGCCCCACCCCCCUUUCCUCUCCCCUCCCCCCGGGACCUCUUCUCUUGCCUAGGUGUCAGCGCGCGUGCUUCCUCUCUCCCCACCGACACCCCCCUUGUGACUUUUCCUAGUUCCCCCCAAGCCGAGUAGUCUCAGCCAUCUCUCCUCCGGAGACAGCCUUUUCCCAGGCCAAGGCAGCAGUCAGGUGCUCAGCCAGCCUGGAGUACAGGAAGCGGAGGCAGAGGGGCUGGUGGUGCCACGCUCCCCGGGUACGGACUCUUCGGGAAGGGGAAUGCAGGGUUUGCUCCUUGGCUCGCCGGCUUGGCCUCUGGGGGCAGCCUCCUCUCCCUGCUCUGCUUCCACCCCCUCCCCGAGGCCCCUUGCAUCCCUCCACGUGCUUCCAGCUGUUGUGACCCAACACCCCGAUGCUGCUGUUUGGUGUUUUUCAGGUGGCACGAGAGCAGAGCUCACUGCAGCCCCGGGCUGAGGUCUGGCUGACCCCGCCCCUGGGUUGGCUCUAGCAUCUCUGGGUGGCCCUUGGCUUCCUGGGAGCUGUAGGAUUCCGGUUGGGUCAUUCAAAGGGAUGCGCUGGGAGGGCUGGGCCUGGAGGGGCCAUCAGAGGGAGGCAGGACCCUGCAGGAGGGACUUCCCCACCCCAUCUGGGUGGCUCUGAGCACAACAGUCUUCUCUAGUCCCCUAGCUCCACACAGGAGGGGCCGGUGGGGGCGAGGACACCCAGCUUUUGCUCUUUCCCAUUCAAGCUAACUUUUGCUUCCCUCCACCUGCUGGACUUGGUUCCUGGCCCGUCCUCACCCUGGCAGUACACCCCACCCCCGCCCAGCAGCCUCAUUAACUCCCAGGACAGUGACUCCAGGCCAGUGGGGCUGUUCCAGUCCAAAUACCGUGAGGGUGUUGCCGGAAGAGGCCCUGGACCUGGAAAGAGCCCCUCGGUCUAGGCGCUUUCUCCCCUACCUUCUCCCUUACCCCACCCCAACCUUCUGGCUCCCUUAGUCUCCUGUAGCUUCGAGAGGCCCGUGGUCCGACUGCCAGCCCAGGAUCCAAGACCUGCUGGGUCGCACACCCCUUCGGCUCCCUGUCCCGGCGGCGCCCUGACUCGGCCCAUGGGAAGGCCUGAUACUGUGGCGUGCGGCCCAGCCCACCCAGGCCCUGGGGUGCUGCAUCUCCAGGCAACUAUGCACUUUCCUGGAAAGGAGCCAGUGUGAGAAGUGGACGCUGGGCAUGCAGGCGUCUCUGCCUGACAGUCUGCUGUGGGAGACGGGGUGGGGGAAGGUGCAGGUCGGUUCUGGGAAUCUCCAGGUCUGUGGCCAGCCAGGGAGCUGGUUCGGCAUUCUGCUGGCACCCGCGGUCUCUCCUCGUUUCUGAGAUGCUGACUGUCCUCCAGCUGGCAGUGGACGUGCCCGAGCCGGUGUGUCUGUCUGUGGUAACUCAGUGAACCAUAAUAAAGGGGAACAUUAUCCUGUG